UGCAUCACAUCACAUCAAAAGCCCCCGUGGAACAUAUCUGUGUCCCUGAGAGUGUCUUCACCCACAAAGCUGACCACAAACGACUCACAGUUUCCUCUAGGGUCUUCUAUGCCUCAUCCUCAGUGAUGCUCUACUUUCACUACUCAUUAUCCAGUCCACAUUUCUGCAAUAAGAACUCACCAUGCAUCUUCAACAAUCAUCUCUUCUUCUGUUUCUCACAUUGCUUAAAGCAACAGCUUGCUCAGGAAGUUUCAUCGUUGGAGGCAAAGAGGUCAAAAAACCUAAACCAUGGAUGGUCUCGAUCCAGGUCGAGAAUUCUCACGUGUGUGGAGGAACUCUUAUUCAUCAGGCGUGGGUUCUGUCGGCUGCACACUGCAGAAUUCUUUACAGACUUGAACCAAUGACCGUGCUUGUAGGCGCUCACUCUCUGACAAAGGACAAAAACGCUCAGCGAGUCAAAGUCCAGAGCUUUCACAUCCCUAACACGUUCAGCAAUAAAACUAAGGUUGAUGACAUCAUGCUCUUGAAGCUGCAGGACAAAGUCCAGCUUAAAAAAAAAAUUGUGGAAGUGAGGACGAUUCCCAAAUCAGGCAAAGACAUCCUGGCAGGGACAAAAUGUGUAGUGAGUGGGUGGGGAACCACUCAGGUAGAAGCUCCUAAAUUCUGUCCCACCUUGCAAGAGGUGGAGGUGACAGUGAUAGACAGGGAACUGUGUAACUGCUACUACAACAGCAAACCUAACAUCACAGAUGACAUGCUGUGUGCAGGAAACAAGCAGGGGAAUAAAGAUGCAUGUUGGGGUGAUUCUGGUGGACCUCUGGAGUGUCAGAAAAGCAUUGUGGGUGUGGUAUCAGGAGGAAAUGGCUGUGGCAAUCCCAAAAAACCUGGUGUCUACACUCUCCUCUCUAAGAGACACAUUUUCUGGAUUAACAAAAUACUUAAAAAGUUUUCCAACAGCACAGAGGUUUAGAAACAUAUAUUUUACACAUUUUAACACAUUUAUCAAUGUUUGCAGAAUAGAGGUCUUGAAAAGCCUUGUUUAUUUUUGAAGAAUUCUUUUUUCUCAGCGACAGUUUUUUGUUCAAAGAGAUAGAAACCACAUCAGGAAGUCUGCUUGAGACAAUUUACAGCUCCACAAAGCCAAUCGUUGAGACAACACUGUGGGAUGAAUUGCCUAUAAAUAUUUAUUACUUGCCAAAAACAUUAGCCUUGUCAGUUCUGUUAAAACACUUUGCAUAAAAUCAUGCAGCUACAGGUCAAGAGCUUCAGUUAAUCUUCACAUCGAACACAGAAUGAGGUAAAAUGUGUUGUUACUGAGAGAGAUUGGAAGAGAAUGAUCUGACUGCCCAUAAAUUACUAUUAUUUGCCAGAAACAUAAAACGAAAGAAACAAAAUUUAGGCACGUCUUCGCUGAAACAUGGGUAUCACUGGUAAAUGAGCAACAGUGAAACAAGCACCCAAACAAGGCACAAAAAGGAGUUAAACACUGUGUGUGGGGUGCGGUUAUAGGAAUAUAAUCACCAUUAUGGUUUUAGUACCACGGCAAAGAAACAGCAGACGGGUGCAAUGAUUUAUUUCCGUAAAGAACAACACAUCAUAUGUUCAAUCCAUUUAUAGUUAUGUUUAAUGUUGCAGAAUUUCCCAGCAGCUUCUUGUUUUUUUCCUUUAUUAAGUUCUUAAAAUAUCUUUUUUUUACAGAACAAUACAACUUGUCAUGAUAAUAAUAAACCACAAAGUAUAAAUUCCUCUGUACUGAAGAUUUUCCUGUUUCAGAAAACUUCAAGUUGCAGCUUUGCCUUAUUUUCAAUUGUAUUAUACUAUUAAUUCUAUUCUAUUAAUUCUAUCCCAAUUUUAUGAAAUAAAUGUGCAAACGUUUGUGAAAAAUGAUGCAUAUUUGUAUAAAAAUAAAA